GCCCAACCUCAUAAUCCCACAGUUCGUCUUGCCACGAGCAUUUGAGAAGCACACAUCCAACAUCAUGAUCUAUUUGUUAGUUGGGGUUGGAGUCGGAUUUGGGAUUUAUAUCUUCCUUGUCGAGACUCUCUUCAAAAGUUCAAAAUGCAAAGGAAACGCGGUGAUGGCAGGGAGGACGGUAAUUAUUACUGGUGGCAACACAGGCAUCGGCAAGGCUACGGCGAUGGAUCUGGCCAGGCGAGGGGCCAGGGUCAUCCUAGCCUGUCGUAAUCAAGUCAAAGCUGAAUCUGCUAUCAGCGACAUAAACAAGAGAACGGGGAGCACUGACGUGGUGUUCAUGCACUUGGACUUGGGGAGCCUACAGUCAGUGCGAGCGUUCGCUAAGACAUUCCUGAAGUCUGAGCCCAGACUGGAUCUUCUUAUUAACAAUGCUGGCUUGGUGGCAGACGGCCGUACGGAGGAUGGUUUUGGGGUUGAGUUUGGGGUGAACCACCUGGGCCACUUCCUGCUGACCUGCCUUCUUCUGGAGCGGCUGAAGGAGGGGCCCCGUGCCCGCGUCAUCACCCUGGCCUCCAUGGCCUACCAGUGGGGCAGCAUCGACUUCGACAAGCUCCACACCAGCAAGGACCUGGGCUCUGGGAGAUACAGCUGGCAGUUCUUUGCUGCCUACUGCAACAGCAAGCUGUGCAACGUUCUGUUCACUCACGAGCUGGCCAGGAGGCUGAAGGGCUCCAACGUUACGUGUUACAGCGUUCACCCAGGAGUGGUGAAGACAGAGCUGUCCCGUAACGUGAGCCUGUGGCAGAAAGUGUUCAUCGAGCCCAUCUCCACGCUGCUGUUCCUGGACCCUGAGGCUGGAGCCCAGACCACGCUGCACUGCGCCCUGCAGGAGGGGCUGGAGCCGCUGAGCGGAGGCUACUUCUGCUGCUGCUCCCUCCAGGAGCUGAGCAGUCGCGGCCGAGACGACGCUGUGGCCAAGAAGCUGUGGGACGUGAGCGAGAGGCUGUGUGGCCUCUCUUAGGGAGGGGCCGAGAGGCUCUGCGGACGAGUGUGGAUCCACUUUGCCCUGGUUCCAAUGUUCUGUGGUUAAUCUGAGGCUUAUGGUGUUGUUAAAAAUGAGUUUGGAGUGAGAGAGCAGAAGUUGGUUUGCACAUCAGGGGGAAACACCCAUUAUGUGACUGGACAUGUAAGGUGACAGGAAAAAAGGCAGCAAAUCUUUUCGGUCUUUAAAUUACUGGUGAUGGUGGCACUGACACCCACAGGUGGGUCCCAUCUGUAUGGGGUUAGAGUUAGGGUUGGGUCUGUGUGAGGUCCUGUGUUGGUGACGAGUAUAUUAAGAGGGGCCCAGGGCUUGGCCACAAACAGACUAAUAUUUAAAUGAGAAUCUCUUGUAGAGAUGUGUGGUUUUCCUUGUUAGAAAUAAAAUGUACGUAACUGAUUCUGA